AUGGAAAGUGUAUGUAUGUAUUGUUUUAAAAAACUCAAUUCAUUGAGAACGACAUACAACAAAGAAAAAAAGAAAGUGGAGGAUUCCAAGCGGUAUGGCGCUAGUGCAGAUGCGGUGUAUGAACCUAAGCUUUGGUACUACAAAGAAUUAUCCUUCAUAAAUGAUCAACAUUCAGCAAGAGCUUCUAUUUCAACUAUUGAUGACAAAGAAGAAGAGACGGAUGGAGAACAGCAGAUAGAGCAUUAUACUAAGUGCAGAAAAUGCAGAAUAUUAAUGAUCUUCUUUGGUCGGUCACUACCAUAA